AUGUCUGACUAUUUGGACCUCAUUAUGUGUUCCACCUGCGGAACACAGUACGAUACCACCUCCGAGUCCUCCUGUAAGAUCUGCGACGAUCCACGCCAAUACCUCCCUCCAACUGGCCAAUCUUGGACAACCCUCCGCACUCUACAAUCAGCAAACCAAUACCACAACGACAUCGCCCCCGAUCCGGACCACCCAGACUCCCUGAUAACCAUCCACACCAGCCCCAAAGUCGGCAUCGGCCAGCGCGCCUUCCUCUGCCGCACAGCCCACGGCAACGUCCUCUGGGACUGCCUCUCCUACAUCGACGAGGACACAAUCCGCCGGAUCAACGAGCUAGGCGGCCUAGCCGCGAUCGUCAUCUCGCAUCCGCACUUCUUCGGCGCGAACGUGCACUGGGCGGAGGUGUUCGGGUGUCCUGUCUACAUAGCAGCGGAGGAUAAGGAGUGGGUGAUGCGCAGGUCGGAGAGACAGGUGUUCUGGGAGGGGACGGAGUUACGGAUCCCCUUGCCGGACGGGGGUCAUUUCCCCGGUAGCUCGGUACUGUGGUUCAAGCCGUUGAGGAAGUUGCUGGUUGCGGAUUCGAUCGCGGUCGUGCCGAGUGGCGUUUAUCAUAAGGAUCGGGUGCCGGGUACGGCGUCGUAUACAUUCAUGUGGUCGUAUCCCAAUAUGAUUCCCCUCCCGCCUGAUGAGGUGCAUAAUAUUUGGAAGGCUAUCAAGCACACAGAGUUCGAUGAUGCUCACGGUGCCUUUGUCGGUUGGGACACCCAUGGCGAUAGCAAGAAGCGCGUUCUGGAAAGUGCAAAGAUCUACGUUCGGGCAAUGGGAUAUCUGGAUCAUGCCAUAUACCAAGAACAGUAG